GUCCGGGGGCCUAUAUAGCCCUGCAUGCUCCGAUCAAAGGUCAUCAGUUCCGGUGGUGAGACAGGUGACUGACUUAAGGUGGAGCUGCGCAUCUCGUCCCCGCCGGAUGGUCCCACUGCAGGUGAGUCUGUCGGUUUGUGUGAUUGUAGCCGAGUUUGAACCUCCCACUUCACUUUUGAGUGAUCUACGGACGAGUUCAAAGGACACAAGCCCUGCCCUUGAUUCUGCCGGCGAGAGCGGAGCGGCGUUCUUUAUCAGGUGGAGGUUCUGCUGCGAGUCGACCACUGCAGCCUCGGCCAGCCUGGGAAACACUUUCUUCUGCUGGAGCUCGUCACACCAACCGGAGUCAAGAUGCCCAAAACCAUAAAUGUUCGCGUCACCACGAUGGACGCGGAGCUGGAGUUCUCCUUCCAUCCCAACACCACCGGGAAGCAGCUCUUUGACCAGGUUGCCAGGACCAUCGGCCUGCGUGAGAUUUGGUACUUUGGGCUUCAGUUUGUCGACUCCAAAGGAUUCUUUACCUGGCUGAACUCUGAUAAGAAGGUGAUGGUCCAGGACGUGAAGAAGGAGACUCCCCUGCUGUUCAAGCUGAAGGCCAAGUUUUACCCGGAGGACGUGACCGAGGAGCUGAUCCAGGACGUCACCCGCAGGCUUUUCUUCUUGCAGGUGAAGGAGGACGUUAUGGGGGAGGAGAUCUACUGCCCUCCGGAGUCCGCUGUGCUGCUGGCCUCUUACGCCAUCCAGGCCAAGUACGGAGAGCAGGAAAAGUCUGCGCAGAAGCCCAGUUACCUGUCCACCGAGCGCCUGCUGCCCAAGAGAGUGCUGGAACAACACAAGCUGUCCAAGGAGCAGUGGGAGGAGAGGAUCCAGAUUUGGCACGAGGAGCACAGAUCGAUGCUGAAGGAAGAGGCCAUGAUUGAGUACCUGAAGAUCGCUCAGGACCUGGAGAUGUACGGCGUCAACUACUUCGAGAUCAAGAACAAGAAGGGCUCCGACCUGUGGCUGGGAGUGGACGCUCUGGGCCUGAACAUCUACGAGAAGGUGGACAAGCUUUCCCCAAAGAUUGGAUUCCCCUGGAGUGAAAUUAGAAACAUUUCUUUCAACGAUAAGAAAUUCAUCAUCAAGCCCAUAGAUAAGAAGGCUCCUGAUUUUAUAUUCUACGCUCCCCGACUGCGAGUCAACAAGCGCAUCCUGCAGCUGUGCAUGGGCAACCACGAUCUGUACAUGCGCCGCCGCAAGACCGACACCAUCGAGGUUCAGCAGAUGAAGGCUCAGGCCAAAGAGGAGAGGAUGCACAAAAGAUGGAGAGGUAAGGGGGCGGGCAAGAAAGAGAAGAGGGAGGCCAUGGAGAAAGAGAAGGAGCAGAUGGAGAGCGAGAAGCAGGAUCUGAUGGUGAAGCUCUACCAGUUUGAAGAGACAACCAAGAGAGCAGAGAGAGAGCUUCAGGAGCAGCUGGAGAGGGGCAUGAGGCUGGAGGAGGAGAGGAGGAGGGUGGAGCAGGAGGCAGCCCGGCUGGAGGCUGAGAGGAUGGAGGCCAUAAUAGCCAAGGAGGAGCUGGUCAGGCAAGCCGAGUACCAAAUGAAGAGCCAGGAGCAGCUGGCGGCAGAACUGGCCGAGUACAGCGCCAAGAUCACUCUGCUGGAGGAGAUCAAGAGAGUCAAGGAGGAGGAGGCUGAGUCAUGGCACAGCAAGGCUAACGAAGUGGAGGAGAAUCUGAUAAAGACGAGAGAGGAGCUGCACAACGUGAGGAGUUCUAACUCCGCUCCCGUUCAAGCUCCCGUUGAGGCGCCCGGUUCCUCCUCCUCCUCCUCCUCCUCCUCCUCCUCGGACAGCGAGAGCGAACACGAGCACGAGCACAGCGAAGAGAACAGCACCUACAGCGCCGAGCUGCAGACGCAGGAAAUCAACGACCACCAGGAGGAGGAGCGACUUACCGAGGCCGAGAAGAACCAGCGCCUGCAAAAGCAGCUGAAGGCCCUGAGCUCAGAGCUGGCAGAAGCCCGAGACGACACCAAGAAGACCCAGAACGACGUCCUCCACGCCGAGAACGUCCGAGUCGGGCGCGACAAGUACAAGACCCUGCGUCAGAUCCGCCAGGGCAACACCAAGCAGAGGAUCGAUGAGUUCGAGGCCUUGUAGAAAACCUCAGAGACCUGAAGAUCUCGCCCCGAAUACCUCAUGAAGGCCCCCCCCCCUCCUCCCUUCCUUUUUAAAUUUAAGUGUGAUGUAAUCGCAGCCACACCUGAUUUUUAAAGACCCAGAAAAGCUGAUCCAUGAGUUUUAUUUUAUUGGUU